AUGGGAAGAUCUCCUUGUUGUGAUAAAGCUAUUGUGAAGAAAGGGCCUUGGUCCCCUGAAGAAGAUGCUAAGCUCAAGGCUUAUAUUAUCAACCAUGGCACUGCUGGGAAUUGGAUCUCUCUCCCUCAAAAAGCUGGUUUGAAUAGGUGCGGGAAGAGUUGCAGAUUGAGAUGGCUCAACUAUUUGAGGCCGAACAUUAAACAUGGAGGGUUCACUGAUGAGGAAGAUCGAAUCAUUUGUACUCUCUUUUCCACCAUUGGAAGCAGGUGGUCAAUAAUCGCGAGUCAAUUACCCGGAAGAACGGACAACGAUAUAAAGAAUCAUUGGAAUAGCAAGCUAAAGAGGAAGCUUAUAGCAAUGGAGAAGAAAGCUCAAAUGGGCACCAUGCCAUCUUUUCAUAACCAUCAUCAAAUUUCAUCAUUUCCAUCUCAACAACUCUACCAAGACUCCAACUUUUCAAGCUUUGAAACUCUCAUUUCAUCAAUCCCAUCAAAUUGGUCAAACAUCCAAACAAAAGAAACCAAUAGCAAUAGCUUAAUGAACAAUUCAUUGAUGUAUAAUAAUAAUAAUCCAAUGGUGAAACAAAGCUCAUUAGGGUUUGGAAGUGAAGGGAGUACUUGUGAUGGGAGCUACAAUCAAAUCACUCCUUCAGGAAUAAUGGGUUUUGAUCAGAAUCAUAAUUAUUACUAUGAUCUUAUGAAUUAUCAAUCUCAGUGCUGCAUUAAUGGAGAAGCUGCUCAAGAACAUCUUGGCCCCAACAGCUUCUACCAGUACUAG